UCGAAUUAGGCGCGCUUGGCUUUUGAUUUCUCUUCCAAGGCUCUAGGGACGCCGCUCUUAGACUCUCUCUUCUCACAACUCAAACUGUCUCUUAGUCCUUCAUAGAACAACUCUUGUCUUCUCGCAGCGCCUUUCAUCAAGUACGAAUCCGUGUACCUCCUCAGACCCUUGGCCUACUCAUACCCCACACACAGAUCAUGGCCCAUUACGAGCCCCGCCUCCUCUAUUCGAUCGAAGGAGUCAAGGCAUACCAUAUUCAGAAUGGAGAAGAACAAGAACUCACGCCCUCGGGGCCACAGACACUCUCCCUCCUGAUGGUCCCAACAAACUCCCCAUUCGCCGACCUCAGCAGCACUCUUCCUCAAAAUGAAGCUGCUCCUGCCGAUGAUUUCUACCUCCACCUCAACCUUCCGCCAGAAUUGGACAUGCCACUGCCAGCUACGACACAAAUAUAUCACCAACCACCGCGAAGCUACUUAAUUCCACGCUGGGAGCUUGGUCCUGACAAUGGCGUCUUCUUGCGCAUCGAAUUCCCUGCUAUAGGAACUGGCACUCACAAGGUAUCGCAAGAGGAUAUUGACACUUUCGAAACCAUUUUGGCGCAGUGCACAGCUUUUCUUGAGCGUGCCCAGCCACCUUCUGGAAAGAGCACCCCCAGACCUUACAACCCAGCAGAUUAUAAGCCAGGGGAGGGCUAUGUAACAGCAGGAUCAUCUUCAAAGCCUGCAAGCCAUGGCCAGGUUGUGCUUGUGGACGAGGAGAAUGGAAGCGUUGUUGGUGAAUUGACGGAGGGUGAUAUGAUAGUUGAUGACUCCAAACUGAAGCCUGGCCGAAAAGAUCCUGUCGAGAUCCAGAUCUCAGAAGAUGGUAAGCGCAUUGAGGUACGACCCGUGACAGAGGACUACCUGAACGACUCUCGUCAUCCUGCCUAUGCCAAGUCAACCUUGGUACAGAACGCGGCUGCUGCUUCGCGUUUAAUUGUGACUGGAUCCAAUUACCUCUCGAGCGUGAUGGUUAAUCAAGCAAAUACUUUUACGCAAAAGUCCAAGCCGAGCUCAAAGCCAAUGUCAUUUAAACCCUCAACACACACCAACGCUCGCAAAAUCAACCAAUUCACUACCAGUGCUGCUGGUAUGUCGGCAAAGACAGUUGGAUCAAUCUCCAAGGUGAUCCAAAACAAAGUCGCUGGCUUGGCUGGACACAAGGACCGACCCCACAAAGGUUACGAUAAGGAUGGAAAACCAGUUGAGGACUACAAGCCUGGUCUUCUGAAUAAGUCUAUGAUGGCGUUCUCUACUGUCGUGGAUGGCAUCGAAGCUGGUGGUCGCAGCCUCCUUGCAAAUACGAGUACGGCUGCCAACACCGUCGUCGGUCACAAGUAUGGUCCAGAGGCUGGAGAUCUCUCUAACGAGCUUACAUCGGGAAUAAAGAAUGUUGGCCUCGUCUACAUUGACGUCGCUGGUGUCUCACGUCGUGCUAUAAUUAAAUCGGUCGCCAAAGGCAUGGUUGUUGGCAAGGUAAGGGGCGGAGGAACGGUAAUUGUGGGUGGUGGCAACGGUGGAGAUCCCGCACCACUCAUCCCCUCAGACUAUAAACCACAAGGCGUCUCAAAUAGUGCGAGUGCCGGUGCUACUGCUGGACAGCCAGAGCCAGGCAUUAUCGGAUUUGGUAAUGCGGCUCCGUCAGGAGUCAGCUCUGGGGUUGGUGAGCCUCUAGGAUCUGGCGGACUACAAGGCCAGGCAUAUCCUCCUGGUACUUUCCCACCAGACAAGAAGUACGGAUAGGUCGAAAAAUAUGCAUGGCGGGUACCAGACAAGUACAUUGAGACAAGUUCAAUUGGACUGAAGCCUGGUUUCUCACGAAUAGCUCAUUCAACAUCAGAUGAAUGUAGGAGUAAACGAAUGACACAUCACGGCUCUAGGACCACAGCAGAAUAUGAAGUAAUACGUUUUUGAAACAGUGGAGCAUUUCCGUAAUGUUAUAGAACCCGUAACCCAAAUUAAUUGACAUGACAUGUGCGAA